UACCUCCUGUGCCAGAAACUAAUUCUGGGUCUGAAUCAUCAGUGCCGGAACAAGGCACUAGAUUCAGUAAAAUCAGGCAAACGCUAUCAUCAAGUUUAAUGACAGCACAAGACAAAAUGACAACCAAGCUGAAUAGUGCUAGUAGUCGUCAGAAUCCGGCAGAGAAUAGCCCUACUUCUACUCCUGCGUCUCCGCCAGAAGAUAAUACCAAUAAACAACCAACUACGUCAUCAAAACCAGAAAUGGCCAAACAACCAGCAUGCCGUUCUGGUGGCUGCCGAGUUUGUCUGAAAAGCUUUAAAGAUGGUGACUACUCACGCGUAUGCUCCGGGUGCAAGUUCAAGGUGUGCGAAGACUGUGCCACCUCGUACACGAAGAUCGGCGAAGAUGAGAACACUUGGUGCUGCAGUAUUUGCCGACGUAAACAACAAAGUACGUCGAUAUUGCAACCGGUGAUGACGCAAAACUCUACCGACAGCUUGUUGGACGUACCCAUAGCAGACACGCUACAGCGGCGGCAUUCGGACGUGAAAAUUGGGCGGAAUUCCGGGAAUGCCGGAUCUGGUAACGGAUCUCUGGGAUCGGGAYUGGCGCCACCAAGGUCACCCGAGCUUCGACGACACUCGGACGUGUCACCCGCCACACUGAAGGACAUGGAAAAAGCUGCAGCUGCACUGAAAGUAGGUGAUAGGAGCCGUAUCACCGAUGACAAACUGUGGAACAGGGACACGGGACUCAGGCAGAAACGAGGAUCUKCUGGCGCAGUAGUUGGGCAAAGUACGAAUCAAACGCAGCCUACAGUAUUUCGUUUUGACACUCGACGAGAAUCAAAAAUAUCUAUACCUGCCGAUGAUUCUACGGAUGAUCCUGACGAUGCAGAAAAUCGCUGGAGAAGAGGAGCACGGGGUGCUGUGCAAAGGGUAAGAAGAAAGUCCAGGGUGCAAAAACAGCAUAGCUAUGAUGAUGACAUGAAGCCCGGCGUUGGGCAACAAGGAGGACAGGGUGUCCCUUCGACUUUGACUGCUGAGGGACAAGCUCAACUACCGAGACGAGCGUCAGCGUACGACGUAUAUCAAAACCGCGUGGACCAGCAGCAAGGUUCGUCGCCAGCGAGUCGGAGGUCCAGUUUCCGGAUACAGCAAGACGAUGACGUUAGUGGUGGUGGUGGUGUACAGCAAAAAGAUCAAUCGCAAAAUCUGGGAAUGAACAACGAUGAGGAGUGGAGACCACGAAGACGCGGUUCGCAACUGCCAGACAUCAGCAAUUUACGGUCAGCCGCUGAGUCUAGAGGAAGUCGGAGCUCGUUUUCCAACAGGAGUGGCGGAGACGGCCAACAGUUGCAACAGCAACAACCGCAACAGCAACAACAGCAGCCGCCGCCCGUCAUCCAAGAAACUGAACAGAACGAAACAGUCCGCAGACAGCCGUCAGUAGCUGGUGAGGAGAUCAAGAUAGUCAUACAUGACGUGGAUUUCGACCCGAACACUAUGGGUGUUCGUUCGGGAUCCAAGCGUAAAGUAAUACUGAAGCGUGACCUCACAGAUAAAGCUCAUCGAACUCGAGGAUUUGGGAUGAGAGUCGUGGGAGGUAAGAUCGGUCCGGACGGACAGAUGUUCGCGUCGAUUGUUUGGACUGUUCCUGGUGGCCCAGCAGAAAAAUCUGGUCUACAACAAGGCGAUAAGGUCCUCGAGUGGGCUGGUAUGCCGUUGGCCAAUCGCAGUUUCGAGGAGGUGUGCAGUAUCAUCGACCGUUCAGGUGACGUGGUGGAACUGUUAGUUGAACAAGGAUACGAAUUAAGGAUUUGCGAUCUACUCGACGAGCCCGGACCAAUGACCUCCAGAAAGAACUCUGGCGAAGCUAUGGGUUUGCAACUAGAUGGUUCAGACUCUCCGGCGUCCCCGACGAGAAGAAAACUACCUAAGACUCCGGUGGUUUAUGUGGAGACAAAUAUUGUAAGGACUGAAGUCGCAGAACCAUCACUGAAUCCUAUAUGGAAUACCACACUUGAAAUGCCAAAUGUUCGUUCUGAGACACUAAUUGAAAAGCAAAUGGAAGUCAUACUUUACGAUUACAGACCAGACAAAGAGGACGUAAUAUUGGGUGAGUUUGUAGUAAAUUUACAAAACGCACUUUUAGACAACGCAAUGAUAUGGUAUGAAUUGGAGUCACCGAAUCAUAGUAAAGCCUCUAAAUCCCCUAGGAGUUCAAUUUCCGAAAAUGGGAAAGGAGGAUUACGGGGUCAAAUCCGUUCAGUAUCUGAAGAACGUGAACUCGAUGGAUUCUUGCAUCCGGAUCACGCGUAUAUGGCGAACUCACGCCGAGGAUCAAGCCAGUCGGAACAGCUGGACGUUGAACCGUAUCAAUUGAACAAGGAUUUCUCUCGAUCAUUACCUGGGUCUCGUCGGAGUUCGUUCCAAUCAAUACAAAACACUGAAAAAGAUCCUGAGCUAACGACAACUCCCUACACGAAUAGGAGUCGACGCAGGAGUUCGUGCACCCCCAGACAAGAUCCAGACGAAAUUCUCAAAAAUCUGAAAGCCGUAAAAGGAGAGUUACUUGGUCGAAGUAUGAGCAUUUGUGGCGAUAAGAGAGGAAUGCGAAGGGGUAGUUUGUGUAUGCGACCAUACAAAGAGUCUGUUAUGGAAAAGCCCGAACCAACGUCCAAAUACGAAGAAGAACCAGUUGGUGAUCCGAUUCGAUUGGGUCCGGGCCAAAUUAUGCCACGUGGAUACGGCAUAAGUUCAGGUUGUCACAUUGAACUUAAACUAGGAUUGCUUAUGACGAAAGGUCAGCUCGAAGUUGACGUUGUAUGCGCGCGAGGAAUUAGAGCCGAAGAUUCGCCACCAGACACUUACGUGAAAACGUAUCUCCGAGAAAACGACCGCUGGUUGCAGAAACGUAAGACCCGCGUGGUCCGACACAACUGCAAUCCGGAAUACAACCAGACACUUAGAUAUUCCGCGUGCGAUGUGUUGGGUAGGUCACUACUGGUAAUGCUUUGGGAGCGGCAAAAAGGCUUCGAGCACAACCAAGGAUUGGGUGGGGCUGAAGUCACACUCGACGCUCUGAAGCUGACACAGGUCACCGAAGGAUGGUAUCCACUUUUCCCUAUACAGAGUUUAGGUUCAGACUCCAACGACUCUCCGUGACGUCAUGCCAUGAAAUGUCGUUUGUAAUUAAUAUCAAUUUCACGGAAGCCCACUUUCAYAUCUUGGGAAAUGUAAUUACGUUUUAACUGUGUUCUCUUUAUUUUUUUGUUUAACAUAACACUAUUGUGUCCUGCAAUUUACAUUUCGUAUCUACCUAUUUGGCUCCCAAAACGCAUCAUAGUAUAGUAUAAUUGAAUUCCUAAAAUAUAAGAAAUAAAUCAUUAGUAGGUAUGUAAUAUAUUAAAGAAAUUUGAGAUUAAUAGACCAAAUUAAUAAAUUUGGAUAAAAUUAACAGUUUUAUAUAAUACAUUUUAGCUCCAAGUCCGUAUAAAAGUUGAUUUCAAUAUGGAAAUUUUCAAAUAUUUUUUAAUAUGCAAAAAAAGUAUUCUAGAAUUUUCUUUUCAAUUUCACCCAACUUUAUACAUAUCUUAACUGAAGGGCAAUCGAUGUUAAAACAUUGUUCAAACUACUUAUAUAGAAACUGUAUUACAAAUAAUUUGAAAAUGUGUUUUUUUUAAAAGAAUAAUGACAUUGACAUUUAAUCAACUAUUACGUGUAGAAAUUAUAAUAAUUAAAUAGUCAAAAUCGAUAGUAGCAAUUACCUAAUAUUUCAUUAUAAAUUACACACUAUACAAAAAUAAUUUUAGACAUUGAGUGAUAUAAUUUAAAAAACAUAAUCACGAUAACCUAAAUGAUAUUGCUGAUUAUUAUACUUGUACCUAUU